AAAUUACCACUUUCCCCAGCAGUCACGACACUAUCACGAAGUUUAUAAACCCUAAUCAGAACUCCCAACGCUGUGUCAUUGGCAACCUCGCACAUCUCAUCAAUGGCGUUUCAAGUGGCGAUUCUUACUCGAAACAAAACCCUAAUCAAAACCUUUAGCUCCAUCAAAUGUAUCUCCACCUUCACCUUCCUCUCCCAAGAACCCCAACUCGCCACUGAGCCAACCUACUCCGAUCCCACGACGACGACGACCACCACCACCACCACUACUCCUCUACCUCCAAACCCAGCCACUGGCAGUCCACUCUACAAUGAGAACUGGCGCAGCCCAAUCUCAAACUCAUCUCUUGGUCAGUCUUUAAUCCCAUUGGGCCGCAACCAACUAGCCUCUCUCGUCCAUCCCAUGUCUCAAAAUCUCGAUGUCAAUUCUCUGUUGAAUGUGUUCGCCGACUGGAUGACCUCGCAGCGAUGGCCCGAUAUUAAGGAACUUUUUGAAUUCUGGAUAAGGUCGCUGGACUCGAAUGGCAAGCCUAAUAAGCCGGAUGUGGAUUUGUAUAAUCAUUAUUUGAGGGCAAAUUUGAUGAUGGGAGCUACUGCUGGGGAUUUACUGGACUUGGUUGCUCAGAUGGAGGAGUUUGCCUUGUUGCCUAACACAGCUUCCUUCAAUUUGGUGCUCAAAGCUAUGCAUAAGGCCAAAGAGACUGAGGCUGCUGAGAAGUUGCUUCAAAGGAUGGAGCUUACGGGGAAUGAAUCGCGGCCUGAUGAUGAGUCUUAUGAUUUGGUUAUUGAUAUGCUGUUUUCGGCGUACCAAAUUGAUGCUGCCUUGAAAUAUGUAGAUAAGGGUUUGAAAUAUGGUUAUACUAUAUCAAUAAGAGUGUUUAAUAAUUGUAUAAGUAGCUGUGUUAACAAAGGAAGACUGGAUACUUUGGUGUCAAUUAUUGACAAGUGCAAGACAAUGGAUCAGAACAAAGCUCUUUGUCCAACUUGGAACAUGUGCAACUUUAUUGCAGAAGCUGCAAUACGGGAGGAUAAUAACAAAUUAGCAUUUUAUGCCUUAGAAUUUAUGGCCAAAUGGAUUGCCAGGGGUGAGAAUGCAAGGCCUGCUGUUCUACUUUCUGUAGAUGAAGGGCUGAUCAUAUCCACACUUGGAACUGCUGGCAAGACAUAUAGUUCUACUCUCUUGGAUGCAUCAUGGGAAGUUCUCCGUCACUCAUUACGUCAAAAAAAGUCCCCUCAACCAGAAUCUUAUAUUGGGAAAAUAUAUGCCUAUGCAUCACUGGGGAAUCUCCAGAAGGCUUUUAGUACUCUUCGUGAAUUUGAGUCUGCUUAUGGGAGUACGGACAAAGAAGCAGCAGGAGAAUUGUUCUCACCAUUUACUUCUUUAUAUCCUUUGGUUGUGGCAUGCUCAAAGAAGGGUUUUGAGACUCUGGACCUGGUUUAUUUUCAGUUGGAGAAUUUGAGCCGUGCAGAAAGUCCAUACAAGUCAGUUGCUGCUCUUAAUUGUAUAGUUUUAGGUUGUGCAAAUGUAUGGGACCUUGACCGUGCUUAUCAAACUUUUGAGGCAAUUGGCUCUUCCUUUGGAUUGACUCCUGAUAUUCAUUCGUACAAUGCUCUUAUGUAUGCUUUUGGAAGGCUCAAGAAGACAUUUGAGGCUGCAAGGGUGUUUGAGCAUAUGGUAAGCUUAGGGAUCAAACCCAACUCAACAUCAUAUUCCUUGCUUGUUGAUAAUCAUCUCAUCAAUCGAGAUGUGAAAUCUGCUCUCUCUGUAAUUGACGAGAUGGUGUCCGUAGGAUUUGUCCCCUCAAAGGAAACACUAAAGAAGGUCAGAAGGCGUUGUGUCCGUGAGAUGGACUAUGACAAUGAUGAUCGUUUGCACUCCUUGGCUAAACAGUUUAAAAUUCGAAUGGGUACUGAGACUCGUAGGGACAUGCUGUUCAAUCUUGAUUAUGGCACUGAUUAUGCUUGAUAGGUAAAUUCUGAUAAAGAAAACCUGGCUGAAACACUGCAUGUUGCUUAUCAUUCUUCUUGACAAAGUUUGCGCAGUUCGUAUGUGCAGUUUGUAUCGCAUGAACACUUAUUUUUAAACAAGAAUUCAUUCUUGUUUGUAAAUUACUGUGUUGUACUCAAUUUUGGGUUUUGGCAGCAUGACUCUUAGGAUCAUAGCCUCCUAUAGUCAUAAGUUUAUUUCACAUUAAAAUUAUUUUCUACAAAAGCUGCAGGGGUGGUGAGAUGAUCCAAAUAAUGGUUACUAAUAAUUGUAGGACAGUCUUUAUUAUUUAUUUAGGGUGGAAAUUCUGCUUUAGGUGAGACCAGAACUGGGAAAUGGCUUAAAUGUCAGUUUCUUUCUUUACCCCUCGUUUGGAAUUUGCCUGCUUUCUGUAAAUGCUGAUACUAAUUUUGGGCAGUAAGGAUUUUGUUUUGCAACUCA